AUGAAUCCAGAUAUCAUAACUACUAUUACUAGUACUACUCCAGAUAAAGACAUUAAUAUACCAACUACUAAUGUUACUACAUCUAGUAUACUACCCCUGCUAUUUCGCAGGCGAUCUUCUAAACCAGGAUUAUCAAUAGAUGUACUUAAAACAAAUGCUCCUAGAACCAACUGUACCACUACCUCCCCCAGUGGCAAUUCAACAUUUGUUUGUUCACCUUCACCAAGUCUAACUACUACGUUCACAUUUUUGCCACCAUCCAUUCAUCUACAAGAUCCAUUAAGUUUAACCGCCACUUCAUUUGAUUUUAUUUUUGAUGUUAGGCCAUACAAUCUAUAUUCAAAAUCAAGAAUAGCUUCGGCAAUCAAUAUUUGUGUUCCAACUACCCUUUUGAAGAGAACUUCUAUGACACUUUUGGAUAUGUUAAAUUUUGCAACUAAUUUGCUGCAAUAUCAAAAAGACUUCCUCGUUGGUAAAUUAACUGACAAAGAUGCUAAUGGUGACAAUAUUUCAAUACUAAUCUAUGAUCAAUGUUCAUCUAAAGGCUGUGUAUCAUUUUCAUUAUAUCAAACAUCUUUAAGAUUUGAUAAAUAUGAUGAUAGAUUUAACACAUCUGUUCUUCAAGGUGGUUUUCAAUCAGUACUAGAUACUACCAUAAUUGAUACUCAACAAAUCAUAACUGAUGUAGCUACUGCCCCAAUAUCUGCGACACCACCAAUCUUUGGAUCUCCUCAUAAAGUACACAAAAAGAAAGCUGCAAGUUUGUCAGGGUUCACAUUACCUUCAGCCACAAACUUUAAAACCAAGUUCGUUAGAUCCAUUAAAAAGAACAAUCCACUGCAUCCUAUAACCACCACUACCAACAGUUCAUCAUAUACUUAUACAUUUAAAUUUCCAGGUGAUCUAGACUACGGCAUGGACUUUCCCAAUUGGUUACAAUUCCUUAUCAAUCAAGAUAACUCAUCAAUCAUCCAAUACUUCAACCACCAAUUCGAAACAAUCGAAGAUCAAGAGAGGAAACGACUUCGUACACUUGCAUCCAAUUUUAAUCCAUUACUGGAUAUAUAUGCACGUCCAGCAUCCCCAGCACAACCAGGAACAACGUGUUGUGAAUCAUGCAAGAGGAUUCAAUAUAUGAUGCCCCAAGGUGUUGAGUAUGGUUUUAAGAAUAGAUAUAAGAAUAUCUGGCCCUAUGAACAUUCACGAGUCAAGCUUGCCUCAUCUAUGGAUAUUGAUGGCCUGGAUGAUUAUUUCAAUGGUAAUUUCAUUGAUAGUAAGAGUAUCCUCCCAAAUCCAUUCACCUAUGUUGCUACUCAAAACCCACUCUCUUCAACCAUUGACGAUUUCUGGAGGGUUAUCUCACAAGAAAAUAUUGGUUUGAUUAUUAAUCUAGACUCAACCCCCAUCAAUUAUUUCGAUUCCAAAUAUGUCGAUUCUGUCCAGAUCAUUCAUACUACCGAAUCAUAUAUCGUUCGAAAAAUAAAUAAUAAGGUUUUUCAUUUCCAUUAUCUCCAUUGGCCAGAUUUCGGAGUCCCACAGAAUUUCGACUCAUUAUUAGAUUUAAUCAAAUAUAAAAACCACCUAGUUUCCAAUCAUCCAUCCAUUUCCAAAAACGUUUUGGUUCAUUGUUCAGCCGGCUGUGGAAGAACAGGGGUCUACAUUACCAUCGAUAGCCUAAUCCUGGCGAUGCGUAAUCAUAGUGAUGUCACUUUGAAUACUGAUCAAGAUUUGAUAUUGUCAUUGGUUCAACAUCAAAGAAGACAACGGUUGUCAAUGGUGCAGAAUUUGGAUCAAUAUAUUGUGUGCUAUGAGAUUUUCUUGCAUUAUUUGAGUGAGUUUCAACAGAGGAAGAUGAUGAAGGAAGCGUUAGUGAGUGGGAGUGGUUGUGGUGCUAUGAGCGAUACUAAUUAUGAGCUUAUUAAUUCAAUAGAGAAGAAUGGAACUGGGGAUUUUCCAUUUGAGUUCCCAAAGAAGGUGAUGUAUGAUGGGAAUACUGGUGGAGCUGAAGUUGAUUAUUUUCUGCAGGUAAUUAGAUCGCCUGUUAGAUCUAGAUAG